AUUAUUAUCAUUAUUGAUAUAAUUGGCCUCACAUGGUGUUUGCUCUGUAGCUCUUCUCUCUCUUUUUCGCUUUGAAUUGAAUUUGCCUCUCAAUUUAACCCAAAACAUCAACUCCUUUUAGCGGCGGAGCUCUUCUACCCGCCUUUCACUUGUUUCUCCUUUCUUGAUUUAAGUGGUGGAGGAAAACACCUUGUGAAACACAGAUAGGAUGGCAAUAGAAUAUUACUUCGAAGAGGCUGUGGCUCAAAAUGAUUUCAAUAGAGAGGAUAAAUCUUCCCUGGAGAAGUGUAAAUCUACCUCAGAUGCAGCGGCGGACUCUGAUGAUGGUUUUGGUGGUUUUGACUGCAACAUCUGUCUGGAUUCUGUGCAAGAACCUGUUGUAACACUCUGUGGUCACUUAUACUGUUGGCCCUGCAUUUACAAAUGGCUUCAUUUCCAGAAUGUAUCUACUGAGGAUGAAGACCAGAAACAGCAGCAAUGUCCUGUAUGCAAAUCUGAAGUUUCUCCUGACACCCUUGUUCCACUUUACGGCCGGGGACAGACUGUGAGGCCCCCCACGGGCAAGUCCCCUCAUCUUGGUAUAGUCAUUCCACGGAGGCCACUUGGUCCUGCUUGUGGGAUUGACUCUCCAAGAUCGCCUGGUACCACCAUGAAUCCACGCUUAAUGCCACACCUUCACUAUCACAAUCAACAACAUCAAUCACAGCUACACUACCCACAACCAGGAGGUUAUCUAGCUUCGCCUACACAGAGCUCAGGUGGCAUGGCAACAAGCAUGAUCGAUCCAGUGAUUGGAAUGUUUGGUGAAAUGGUUUAUGCAAGGAUGUUUGGGAACUCGAUAACCAAUAUGUAUACAUAUCCAAACUCAUAUCAUCUUGCAGGAAGCACUAGUCCUAGGAUGAGAAGGCACAUAAUGCAGGUUGAUAGGUCACUAAACAGAAUAUGUUUUUUUCUUUUGUGUUGCACAAUUUUGUGUCUUCUUCUGUUCUGAUAUAAUUAUCUCUUCUUUGUUGUCCAUUAUAUACAUGUAAAAAUUACGAGUACGUGAAUAUGGGCGCUUCAGCCAGCGUAUUAGUUGGUAGAGAUAUUCCUCGUGCUUCUGUGAGAUAUGUAAUUAUGAGCCCUCUUUUUUGAUUUAUGAAACAGCUUAUUAAUGUAUCUGUUAA